UGCUGCUUCUACAGAAACCAUGCCAUUUUUGGGGCAAGACUGGAGAUCCCCUGGAUGGAGCUGGGUUAAAACAGAAGAUGGAUGGAAACGAUGUGAACCCUUCAGUCCUGUGCUUGAGGAUGGGAAUAAUCAGUUGAAUGAUAUCAGUCACACUGUCAUCAUAACUGGUGAUGAUGAGGAUGAAGCAAUAUACAGUACUGAAGAUUGUGAGUUUGCAGCCAAGAAAAGGAAAAAAGAUCAUUGUACGAAUAACAUGCAAUGCUUUUAUCGUGAAAAGUGGAUCUAUGUUCAUAAAGAAAGCACCAGGGAGAGACAUGGCUAUUGCACUUUGGGAGAAGCUUUUAAUCGCUUAGACUUUUCAAGUGCAAUUCAGGACAUCAGAAGGUUCAAUUACGUGGUCAAACUUUUGCAGUUAAUUGCAAAAUCCCAGUUAACCUCACUAAGCGGUGCAGCACAGAAGAACUACUUUAACAUUUUGGACAAAAUUGUGCGGAAGGUCAUGGAAGACCAAUAUAAUCCACGGUUAAUCAAAGACCUUCUACAGGAUCUGAGCUCUACUCUCUGUAUACUGAUUAGAGGAGUGGGAAAAUCUGUGUUGGUAGGGAACAUCAAUAUUUGGAUUUGCCGAUUAGAAACUAUCCUUCUGUGGCAACAACAACUAAAAAACCUUCAGAUGAACAAGCAAGUCAACAAUGGUCUUACACUUAUCGAUCUCCCUCUUCAUAUGCUGAGAAACAUCUUACACAGGCUCUCUGAUGGCUGGGACGUUAUUACUCUGGGUCAAGUGACCCCAACUUUGUACAUGCUCAGUGAAGACAGACAGUUAUGGAAAAAACUCUGCCAGUACCACUUUGCAGAAAAGCAGUUUUGUAGGCAUUUGAUUCCGUCAGAGGAAGGUCACAUUGACUGGAAGCUGAUGUACUUUGCACUUCAGAAAUAUUACCCAAUAAAGGAACAGUAUGGGGACACCUUGCAUUUCUGUCGACACUGUAGUAUUCUGUUUUGGAAGGAUACGGGACACCCCUGCACAGCCAGUGAUCCAGACACCUGUCUCAUGCCAGUAUCUCCUCAGCAUUUCAUUGAUCUCUUCAAAUUCUGAGCUGUUUGGUAGCUGUUCUCCUGUGUUUGUGGCCAUUGUUGUGAAGAGUCAGGCAGGACGCGUUACGCUUUUUGUGCAAUAUAUUUAAGUGUAAUGUUCUGUUGUAGUUUAAAACAAAAAAAGAUGUGGGGGGAGAUUAUC